CAUGAGUAGGGUAAACAGUGUAUCUCGCUUGAAACAAUAUCGGCGAGCGACAUUCCAUUCAGAUUUCUGUUAGUGUUUUCGGAAGUGUGGAAGAUCGUCUGAAACCAUGGAUGCCGCAUUCAAGCUUAAAAAAGAUAAUCCGAAGAAGAAAGCUAAUUUUCUUUCAAAACUAUUUUUUGCAUGGACGGUACCGCUAUUUCAAAUAGGAAACAAAAGAAAAAUUCAGCUUACUGAUUUAUACAAAACCUUACCUGCGGACAAAUCAGAGUUUCUUGGAGACAAAUUGGAGUACUAUUGGAGAGAGCAAGUAGAUAAAGCAGCACAGAAACCGAAUGGAAAACCGAGUCUAUUGAUGGCAAUGACAAAAGCCUUUUUUUGGGAGUAUGCUAUUUAUGGAUUAGUUUUCUUCAUACAGUAUGUUGUUUUAAGAUCACCCCAACCAAUGGUUUUAGCAAUACUUGUAAAGCAAUUUGAGCCCAGCAACGUAACUAUUGACAAAGCAGCGAUAUACAUAUCCGCUUCACUCGUGGUUCUAAUAUCAUUAUUAAUGAUAUUUUUCAUGCAUCAUGGGAACUUUGGAGUGUCAGCAAUUGGAAUGAGAAUCAGAAUAGCAGUUUCUUCAUUGAUAUACAGAAAAAUUAUGAAACUAAACAGAAGAUCACAAGGUCAAACUGCAGCUGGUCAAGUAAUCAACAUACUUUCAAAUGAUGUCCAGAGAUUUGAUCAAGUAACUGUUUUUCUGCACUUCCUCUGGCUUAUGCCAAUUCAAGUCAUUUUUGUGUCAUAUCUAAUGUGGACUUCCAUCGGAAUAUACUGUUUAGUUGGAAUUGGAGCGAUGAUUAUUAUCACCAUACCUUUACAAACUUAUCUUGGAAAACUUUCAUCCACUUUACGCUUCAAAGUCGCUAAAAGAUGCGAUCUAAGGGUGAAGCACAUGAGCGAAAUAAUAAGUGGAAUUCAAGUGAUCAAAAUGUAUGCUUGGGAAAAACCAUUUGAAAAGCUUAUAGAGCAAUUGAGGGCAAGAGAAAUAGUUGCUCUCACACAGUCUUCGUAUCUCAGAGGGGUUUUCACCAGCUGUAAUGUAUUUGUGGAAAGAUUUACUUUAUUCUUAACUAUAGUGGCGUACUCCCUGGUUGGUUACAGGAUUACUGCUGAUAUCGUUUUUUCCAUGGCUCAGUACUUCAAUAUUUUGCAACUCGCAAUGGCCAUCGUUUAUCCUCUGGCGGUAAGUUUAAGUGCAGAAACUUGGGUAGCUAUAAAAAGACUGGAAGAAAUAUUAGUCUUAGAAGAAAAAGAAGACAUUGUUAUAGAAAAUCUAACGGAGAGAGGCAUUUCACUGCACAAUAUUACGGCUUCAUGGGUACCUGACGUGCCAGUACUUAAAAACAUUGAGGUCGUCAUUCCAGAAGGAAAAUUGUGUGCUAUCAUCGGACCAGUUGGCUCAGGAAAAAGCUCGGUGCUUCAGUUACUCAUUGGAGAAUUAUCGCCUAGUUCAGGAAAGAUCCAAAUCGGUGGAAGCCUGUCGUUUUCAUCACAAGAACCAUGGUUAUUUGCAGCAUCAGUAAGAAAGAAUAUUUUAUUUGGAAAACCAUAUGACUCAACCCUUUAUAAAAAAGUCGCUGAGGUUUGCGCACUAGAAAAAGAUUUUGAGCAAUUUCCUUAUGGUGACCGAACUCUCGUGGGAGAAAGAGGAGUAUCGCUCAGUGGUGGACAAAGAGCUAGAAUAAAUCUGGCUAGGGCUAUUUACAGGUCGGCCGAUAUAUACCUUUUAGAUGACCCUCUAUCUGCUGUAGAUACGCAUGUGGGCAAGCAUUUGUUCGAGAAAUGUAUAAAAAAUUAUUUGAAUGGAAAAACACGAAUUUUGGUCACUCACCAAUUGCAAUACCUGAAAAAAGCCGACAUUAUUAUUGUGCUAAAUGAGGGAAGAAUUGAAGCCAAAGGAACGUUUGACGAAUUAUCGAACAGCAAUGUAGAUUUUACUAAGUUACUGGCUGCCGCCGAUGAAAGCAACGAGGAGAAAGAAAAUGAACCACAUCACGCCAUUGAAGAAGCUAAAAUAAUACUUAACAGAAAAUUGUCCACAUUUAGUAAUGCUGAAUCAGUUAUUGAGCAAACGAUUAGAGAUGACGAAAACGAAGAGUCGGUGAACUACGAAGGAACUACCCCCUUCAAGGACUAUUUGAAAGGGGUUGGAAAUAUUUGCUUCGUUAUAUUUGUAAUAUUGUUAUUUAUUUUGUCGAUGCUAGCUUGUACCGCUGCAGAUUUUUGGGUCGCAUUUUGGACAACUCAAGAAGACCUUCGUUACGGAGAAGAGUUAACCAGCAACACGUCAACCUUAAUUCAACUACAAAAUUUAAAUACGGGAUCCACAAUCUCUCGAAUUGCUUAUGAUGACAUAUUCGACGAAGUCAAUUUUAAUGGCACAAUAUAUCGUCUUUUUAAGACCGAAGUAUCCAUAUACAUUUACAUCGCUGUAAUAAUCUGUGCCAUUUUAUUUACUGUAUCCCGAGCGAUGUUCUUUUUCAAGAUGGCAAUGAAAUCAUCUACAAAUAUACACAAAAAAAUGUUCCAUUGCCUGUUGGAGGCGCCAAUGCGAUUUUUCGAUACAAAUCCAAGCGGUCGGGUGCUCAAUCGGUUCAGUAAAGACAUGGGCGCUAUUGAUGAGGUACUUCCCAGAGUGCUCAUGGAUGCAGUGACAAUUGUUUUAGUGAUGACUGGAAUUCUCAUAAACGUUGCAAUUUCCAAUUAUUACAUGAUUGCCGCCAUGCUGGUUUUGGGAUAUGCGUUCUUGAAGCUUCGCGGUUGGUAUAUUGCGAGUGCAAAAGACAUUAAACAUCUGGAAGGAAUAGCAAAAUCACCAGUCUUUUCGCAUAUAACUUCCACACUAAAUGGUCUUACUACCAUUAGAGCGUCCCAAGCUGAAAUCCCGCUAAUAAAAGAAUUCGAUGAACAUCAGAAUGUGCAUACAUCGGCAUGGUUUUUCACAAUCAUGUGUAUGGUGUCCUUUGGUCUCUGGCUGGACAUCGUGUGCCUUAUUUUCAUAUUUGUUGUCACAUUUGGAUUUGUAGUGGCUACAGAAUUUGGAUACGUUGAAAAUGGAAGUUUGGUAGGACUUGCAAUAUCGCAAUCACUGAUCUUGACUGGAAUGGUGCAACACGGAAUGCGGCAAACUGCCGAAGUAAUUAAUCAACUCACAAGUGUGGACCGUGUAAUGCAUUAUACAAAGUUGGAGACCGAAGGACCAUUUGUUACUCCAAAAGACCAGAUGCCGAAGGGGAUAUUUCCAAAGCACGGUGAAAUCGAAUUUAGACAUAUGAACCUGAUUUAUGUACGAGGAGAAGCACCCGUUUUAAAAGACCUCAAUUUUACAAUCAAUGCUGGAGAAAAGGUUGGUAUUGUUGGUCGCACUGGUGCCGGAAAAUCGUCUUUAAUUUGGGCCCUAUUUAAUUUGGCACCAAUCGAGGGGCAAAUAUUCAUUGAUGGAGUGAAGACCAAAACUCUGGGUUUGAAUGACUUAAGGAAAAAAAUAUCCAUUAUUCCACAAGAACCAGUUCUAUUCAGCGCCACAUUGCGAUAUAAUCUUGAUCCAUUCUCGGAAUUUGAAGAUAAAAAGCUUUGGGAAGUCUUGGAAGAGGUUGAACUAAAAGACUUAGCAACCACUUUGGACAUGGCAGUUUCAGAAGGAGGUAGUAACUUCAGCCUCGGUCAAAGGCAGUUGCUGUGCCUCGCUCGAGCCUUAUUAAGAAAUAAUAAAAUUCUGGUCUUGGAUGAAGCAACUGCUAAUGUAGACGCUGGAACUGAUGGAUUAAUUCAAUCAACAAUCAGGAAAAAAUUUAAGGAAUGUACCGUGCUAACGAUAGCUCAUAGGCUGAAUACAAUUAUGGACUCUGACAAAGUUCUGGUAAUGGCUUCUGGUCAGCUACUUGAAUUCGAUCAUCCCCACAAGCUGCUACAGAAUCCUGAGAGUCAUUUUCUUAAGAUGGUUGAGGAAACCGGAAGUUCAAUGACCGAGCAAUUGAAAGCCGUAUCAUUACAAGCGUGGCGGGUAAAACACCCUGAAUAAUUUAGAAAAAUAGUCGUCGCUUUUGCAUAAUUAGGUACAAUUUUCAAUUAUCUUUUAAUGUUCACAUUACACUUAUCCACAUCGCAAUGUCCACAUUACAUUUAAUCAAACUUCGGGGUGAAUUAAGUAGGAUGCAGUAAGUGCAUAAAAUUGUAUGAAACAUGAAAAAUGUAAUAGCACUUACUCAUUUGUAAAUAAAAAAUAAUUCUGGCAAAUAUAUAUUUUUAAAUAAACACCGUUAUUAGACUCGAAUGUAUUGAUUAAUAUCAUAAAUAGCAGACGCUGAAAAUAAUCUGCAUAUAUAAAAAUUUAAAUAUAAAGGUGCAAGGUAAAUUCAAAUAUUCUUAGCAUUUGCUAGUAUGACCUACGUUGACCAAUCCCCUAGAGAUUUAAAGGUUUUGUCAUUUAUUAUCAUUAUUCUGAGACCUAAUGAAUCAUCCAUGCAUUCAAGUAAGAUAUAAUGAGGUGAAAAGAUACAAAACACGGUUUUUUAUAUAAAAUAAUAUUUUGUUCUAUCGUGCACUCUCGCCUCCUCCGGAAAACUCUAUGAUGGGUUCUUUAAGCAUGCGGUAACGUAAAAAAAUCGGUAUCAACGAAACUAAUUUUUUGUUGAUAAACGUAUGACCUUAUCUAUAAAUAAAUAAACGUAUAAAAAUUGGAUCAAAUUUUCGGUUGAUUACAAGAACAUAAACAACUUUAAAGGGAGAAACUAUGCUAGAUGAAUGCUGGACCCUGGACCAAUUUUUACCUCUAUACUUUCCUUGCAGAUAUUUUUUCUCCUGCCAUUUCACUAUCUUUGACUUAUUGAUUAACAUUAAAAAAAACUAUUCGUGUAUACAUAUAUUAAUCACAUUUUACAUGAUCAAAUUGUUAAAUCAAAUAACAGUAUGUAUAUUAUAAACUAAUUGUCUUCGACUGGUAUACACUUUUUGAGCAUAAUUUAAUAGACAGUCCAAGUUUUCAGUACGUAAUUGCAGUUAUAUUUCAUAACCUUUUAUAAAUGGUAAACCAGUACUUACGACUUUCUGAUAGUUGA